UCAUUAUUGUUGUUCCUCAUGAUCAGCAGAACUUAUAGAAGAUUUUGAGGACAAUAAAAAUAAAUAAUUAACAUUAAUAUGGCUGGGGAAAAUGUCUUGGAAAGAACACUUGAAACAACAUCAACAUGGGCUGUGGCAACAGUUUGCCUCAUUUUGAUUCUUGUUUCUAUUUCCAUUGAGCAUCUUCUUCAUCUUCUAGCCAAGUAUUUCAAAAAGAAAAGGAGGAGGUCUCUCAUUCAGGCUCUUGACAAGAUCAAAUCAGAAUUGAUACUUUUGGGUUUCAUCUCAUUGUUGCUAACUGUGAGCGAAAAGUCAAUUGCAAACAUAUGUAUUCCAAAAAGUGUUGGAGAAACUUUUCUUCCUUGUGGCAGCUUGACCUCAGAUGAGGAAGAAGAGGAAACUAAGUGCGCAAAGCAGGACAAGGUUUCAUUGUUGUCAAGGAAGGGUGUGCAGCAGCUACAGUACUUGAUCUUUGUGUUGGCAGUCUUCCAUGUCUUCUCUUCUGUCCUCACUUUUGCUCUCGGCGUGGCCAAGAUGAGAAGAUGGGAAUCUUGGGAGGCAGAAACCAGAACAUUCGAGUAUCAAUUUUCUAACGAUCCACGAAGGUUUAAGCUAAUCCAUCAAACUUCAUUCGGAAAGCGGCAUUUGAAAUAUUGGAGCGAUCUUCGAAUUCUCCGGUGGCUGGUCAGUUUUCUUCGGCAAUUCUACAACUCUGUAUCCAAAGUGGACUAUUUAACUCUUAGACAUGGAUUCAUAACGGCACAUUUAUUAGAAGGAAGCAACUUUGAUUUCCAAAAAUAUAUAAGAAGGGCCUUGGAGAAAGAUUUUGGUGUGGUUGUGGGGAUAAGUUGGUGGAUCUGGAUCUUCUCUGUGUUAUUUUUAUUCUUCAAUGCUCAUGGAUUUCACAAUUAUCUAUGGCUUCCCUUUAUUCCAUUGGUGAUGCUUUUGGUGGUGGGAACUAAGCUACAAGGUAUCAUAACUAAGAUGAGCUUAGACAGCCAUGAUAAAGCUCAAGUUAUAAGAGGAACUUUUCUAGUGAGGCCUAGUGACCACUUUUUCUGGCUCGGCAGGCCCAAAUUACUUCUACAUCUUAUGCACUUUAUAUUGUUUCAGAAUUCUUUUCAACUGGCAUUCUUCACAUGGACCUGGUACAAAUUUGGCUUUAGAUCAUGCUUCCAUAAGGAAACAAAAGACAUCGUCAUAAGGCUGUCCAUGGGUGCAAUUAUACAAAUACUUUGUGGCUACGUAACAAUGCCUCUUUAUGCUCUUGUCACACAGAUGGGAACGUCAAUGAAGAAAGCAGUGUUCACGGAGGGUGUUGUGCAAGGAUUAAAAAGAUGGAGGAGAAAAGCCAGGAAGAAUAUUCUGGCUAAUUUGAGGAACACCACCUGGCAAGAAGGGCGUCCCUCACUGGAUGCUUCCCUGAUCGACACUAAUUCCAUCGGAACUUCGCCGUCUUUCGGUACUCUUGACGCCUCUUUUUCCGUCGAUGCUGAAUCGUUUGCGGUCGAAAUUGUGGAGGAAGAUGAUGAUCAGAACAUUAGAGAUCGUGAAUACGACUCAUCAGAAUCAGAUCAAGAGCGCCGUCAGAUCAAGAUGAGCUCGUUUGAUGGAUUUCGCUUGAGCCAUAGAUAUAGUAGUGAUUAAUUAAUUCUUUUUUUUUUUUUUUUUGUUCUGUUUUUGACAAAAUAUAUAUAGAGGCUGUACAGUUAUGUAUUGCGAUUGUUUUUUGUAUGUAUUAAU